ACCCGAACUUGUAGAUUAUCGACCCCUCGUGGUGCCAUCCAAAUUGAUUUGGUUGGUUCUGAAUUCUGAUCCCUGCAAGGUCGCGUCAAAGGCGAUGGCAUACAUGUAAAUUCAGGUUAGUGUGAGGACAUUUAUCAUUUAUACAAGAACUGCUAAACCACUAAACCUAAGAUCAAAGUGGAGGAUAACAACACAGCGGCCAACGCACAGCGAUGGCUUCUUCCACACUAGGCUUCAGUUUCUCACCUGCUUCCCAUAGGGUGCAACUGAGAGUGGAAAGUUCAAUGCUUUCCAAUUGCUCCUUUAGGCCGCAGGUAAUUUCCCGAAUGCAAAAAGAUGGCAGCGGCCGGCAAGUGUGGCGGCGAAGGAAAUUGACAAAGAAGGAUGACAUGUUGCGAUACAAGAUGGAGAGAGUACCUUUCCUCGAGGAGCAGGUUCGGAAGGUAAAGGACGGAGGACAGCUCUUGGGAAUGGAUAUUGAGAGACUACUCCUAUCAGAGGAUAACCGGUUUGAUUUUGUCAAUGAUAUAGCGGCCGAGGCUAGCGAGUAUGUCGAGAACAACCGAGAUGAGUAUGGGGGCAAGAAGAAAGCCAUCCUUCAAGUGAUAAGUAACCGGGUGAAUGAUGCUGGGUUUUUUAGACCAGAGGCAUAUGAAGAAUCUGACCCCUUCAAGCCAGGCCCUUCUUAUUUGAAAGAAGAAUUUACUUGAUUACAUACACCACUUACUCAUGUUGUAAUGUUAAUCUUAGACUAGAGGCUGCUAUUAUCUAUGAUACUUUCCGUUUUCAAUCUCAGUGCAUUAGUUUUGCUUCUCAGA